AUGAGCUUAAGCGGAGCGACAAUCGUGACCCUUGUGACGGUGUGUUUAGUUGGCGUGAGUGCCGACAACAUCCGAUGCUUCGCGUGUGACGAUUGCACCAAACAGCAACCGGUGAUCGUGCAGUGUGGGGCGGAAAGUGAAUCGAUCGAUCUGAGUGGCUUUCGUGCCAACAUAGUCACGACGCCAAUGCUUACCACAUCGACUUUGUUAACACCACCUCCGCUGGUGGGUGGCGGAGGGGAUCCACUGCUAACACCACCUCCGCUAGUGGGUGGUGGCGGGGGAGAUCCGCUGCUAACGCCACCGCCCGUAUAUCCGUUCGGAAAGAACGCUCCACAAGACGAAACGAUCGACCUUAUUCACCGACGCGGUUGUGCGGAAAUUGAAGGACACGCCAUGGACGUUUGCCGGCUAGAGUUGGGCCCGGUCGUCGAAGAUGGAGUGUUCAGUUGCCGAGUUUGUAGCUAUUCGCUGUGCAAUGAAUAA